AUGGAGAGACAAACAUCUGAAGAAGUGCAGAAGAAUAUAACCCGUGUGAAAGCUUCAAUAACUAUUGCUCGUUUGUUGGCACUGCAAGGAGUCGCUUUUAGAGGUCACGAUGAGACUGAAGAGUCAAGUAAUCGUGGCAACUUUAUUGAGUUUCUUCAACUUCUAGCUGAUCACAAUGAAGAAAUAGGUCGUGUGGCAUUGGAUAAAGCUCCACCUUAUGCGAAGUACAUAUCUCAUGAGAUUCAGAAGCAAAUUUUGCAUGUUUUGGCUAAGAAGGUACGAAAUCACAUCUUUGAAGAAGUUGGAAAUUAUAAAUAUUCUAUCAUUGUGGAUGAGGCUAGUGAUGAAAGCAGUCAUGAGCAAAUGGCUAUUGUUCUUCGUUUUGUUGAUGCCAAUGGGUUGAUACAAGAGCGCUUUUUUGAUAUUGUUCAUGUGGAAAAUACAACAUCGAAGACAUUGUAUACUGCAAUUCGCUCGAUUCUUUCAUUCUAUAAGUUCCCAAUUCAAAAUCUUCGUGGACAAGGAUAUGAUGGUGCUAGUAACAUGCGUGGUGAGUGGAAUGGACUGCAGGCUUUAUUUUUGAAGGACUCUCCUCAGGCCUAUUAUGUACACUGUAUGGCUCAUCGUCUCCAGUUAUCAUUGGUUGCAGCUGCUAAGGAAGUAUAUUGGGUACAUGAGUUUUUCAGGAACUUAUCAUUUAUUAUAACUGCAGUUACUGGUUCUUGUAAGCGGCAAGACCAGUUAGAAGCUGCAGAAGCAGCCAAGAUUGCAAUUCAGCUAGCGGCGGGUGAAAUUGAAACAGGAAAAGGAGCUAAUCAGGUUAGUACUUUACAACGACCUUGUGAUACUCGUUGGAGUUCACAUCUAAGAUCUAUAUCUAAUCUUAUCAAGUUGUAUGGUUCAACUUGUAAAGUUUUGGAGAACAUAACAAAAGAUGGAUGUAGCUCCAAUGCUAAGUGGGAUGCUACUAGUGCUUUGGAAAGAAUGAAGUCGUUCGAUUUCAUCUUUAUUUUGUUUUUGAUGAAGGAAAUACUGAGCACCACUGAUAUUCUUUCUCAAGCUUUGCAACGGAAGUCCCAAGACAUUUUCAAUGCAAUGAUACUGGUGGAGUCUACAAAAAAGCUCUUGAAUGAAUUCAGGGAUAAAGAGUGGGAUUCUUUGCUAGCAAAAGUCGUAGGGUUUUGCAAGCAAUAUGAUAUUGAGGUUCCUGAUCUUAGUGCUCCAUUUUUCAGAGGUCGAUCUAUUCGAAAGAGAGAUGUUACAAAUGAACAUCAUUAUCAUUAUGAUGUAUUCAAUGCUGCUAUUGAUGUUCAGAUGACAGAAUUGGGGUCAAGAUUCAAUGAUAGAGUGGUUGAGUUGUUGAAGCUUAGCUCAAGUUUGAAUCCUAGAGAUGGAUUUAAAACCUUUGACAUUGAUGCUAUUUGCAAGCUUGCAAGAGAGUAUUAUCCUCUUGAUUUUUCAGAUGAUGACAUUGAUACAUUGAAGUUCCAGUUGAAGAUGUUUCAGGUUAAUAUUCCUAAUUAUCCUUCUUUGGAGAAGCUAUCAUCUAUUGCUGAUCUAUGUAAGGAGUUAGCAAGUACAAGGUUGGGAAAGGAAUACAGCCUUAUUGAUAGACUGAUUCGUCUAUUAUUGACUCUUCCAGUUUCCACUGCUACAGGCGAACGUGCAUUUUCAGCUAUGAAGAUAGUGAAGAAUAGACUGCGAAACAAAAUGAAUGAUGAUUUUCUUGCUGAUAGCUUAGUUAUUUUCAUUGAACGAAUGAUAGCUAAGAAUUUCAGAUUAGAUGAUAUAUUGAGUGAUUUUGUAGAUCUCAAAGAACGUCGUGUACUUUUCAAAUAA